AUGGCCGACGUCGCCGAGGUGAAGGAUGCGUUCGAGUCGCAGGGCUACGCCCUCGACUCCAAAGUCAUCGCCGACGAGGCCUUCGCGCUGUGCCGCCAGUUCAACCUCGACGCCUUCGACCUCGCGCUCCACUGGGACGGCUUCUCGGUGGAGCAGGCGAGCAAGAAGGACAAGAAGGCGCUCAUGCCGGACGCGUCGAACAUCGAGGCGUUCAAGCUCCACGUCGAGCGCAAGGUGGCCGAGCGGCGCAAGUCCACGUCCAUGCGAACCCCCAAGUCCCUGGUGUACGGCAGGCCCAACCUGAUGGAGUCGCUCGAGAAGAACCCUCGCGCGCUGGAGGAGUCCGGCGCGUUCGCUUCCAUCACCCCCGGCCGCGGCGGCACCACGCCGGGCGCCAAGACCUCCGCCGCCAAGGCUGCCUACGCCGGCACCGCGCCGUCCCAGGUCGUGGCGCUGCCCGAGGUGGACGCGCGGGGCGCGCUCGAGGCGCACGCCGCCGCCCCCGGCGCGUCCGCCUACGCCAAGCGCGCCGGAUCGCGAUCGGUCAAGACGGAGCUCGGCGCCGAUCUCCCGACGCUCGCGCAGGCGCCCGACACGCGACGCCCUCCCGUCGCCGUGCGCGUCAUCGACGCCGUCACCGAUCUCCCCGCGCUCGCCACCGACGUGCGGUUCAUGCGCGAUCGCAUCGGCGACAAGGUGGACAUGCUCGAGUCGAGAAUCGGCGAUUUUCGUCGCGAGACGGAACGAGUCACGGGCGCGGAUGCGUCGCGAGCGGUGUACGCCGCGUCGCAGGACGACGUCACCGUCGUCGGCAGAGUCGUCUGCGACAGCGAGGGCAGGCUGAACGAGGCGUCCGUGCAGCUCGAGGGCGAUAUGGCCAACUCCGCCGGCAUGCGCGUCCGACUGGAACUGAGAGACGUGCCCUCGUUUUCGCUCUUCCCCGGGCAGAUCGUUCGCGUCACGGGCGCGAACCCGUCGGGGCACUGCCUCGUCGCCAAGUCCAUCGUCGCACACGCGCCUCCGCCGAUGUGCGCUUCCCCCGCGUCGUCCCCGGCGUUCGGCGCGCAGUCCGUCGUGAUCGCGUCCGGACCGUUCACGUGUUCCUCGGACCUGAGUUUCGAACCAUUCGCUGAUUUGCUCCGGUACUGCGAGGAUAAGCGCCCGGAUUCCGUCGUGCUGUGCGGGCCGUUCGUGGAUUGCGACCACCGCGUGGUCCGCGGCGACGCCGGCGUGGACGUGUCGUUCGAGAAGGUGUUCGAGGUUGGCGUUCGCGACAGGCUGGCGGAAUUUGCCUCGAGGUGCGAAGCGGGCGGGUACGCGCCCAACGUCGUCCUCGUCCCGUCCGUCCGCGACGCCGUCGCGGACCCGGUGUUUCCCCAGCCCCCUCUCGAGAUCGAUACCCUGGGUCUCGACGCCCUGCUCCCGGACGGACGUUCGGACGGGAAAAAGGGCGCCGGGGUGGACGUCAUCGCGACGCCAAACCCGGGUACGUUUACGAUCAACGGCGUCCGCGUGGCGGUGUGCACGCACGACGUCCUCAGGCACCUCUCCGCCGCGGAGGCUGCGCGCGAGGACAAGUCGUCGGGCGCGGGCCCGUCGAGCGAUCGCAUGGCGCGGCUCGCGUCGCACCUCCCCGGGCAGCGCAGCGCGUAUCCGCUGUUCCCCCCCGCGCACGGCGCGUGUCUCGACGCUUCGCUCGCGUCGCACCUCGCGAUGGAGAAGACCCCGGACGUGCUCGUGCUGCCGUCCGACCUGCAGCCGUUCGCGAAGGUGUGCGAAUGCCCGGGCCUUCGCGGCGACGGGGGCGACGACGACGCGAGGUUCGUGGCGAUCAACCCAGGGCGGCUGGCGAAGGGUAACAUCGGCGGCACGCUCGCGCACGUGUACGUGAGCGAGGGCGCGCCGGAGCCGGGCGCGAGCGGGGCGCGGGCGCACGCGGUGCACGCGCGGGCUCGCGUGGACAUCGUACGCAUCUGA